AUGCAGCGUUCCAACUCCUCUGGCAGCUCGGCGGCCACGGCCCCCUCAUCCUCCCGUCCGUCGGUUCCGCCCCGGCCGAGGUCCGCCCCGCCCUCGCGCCCCCAGCCUCCUGUCCAGGAUGCCGCGGUGGAGCAGCCUGCCGCUGGAUCUGCUGCCAAUCUUUCCCUGUCGGUGCGUUACCGCAACCUCCGCCGUCACCGCUCGUCGGUGGGUACCGAGCUCCGGUCCCUGCGGCGGAACCCGCUAUCGCUGGUCACCGUGAUGUUCCCGGAGUGCUCUGAGGAGGUUCGGGAGAGUCUUCUCUCCCGGAUCGCCGCUGCGCUCCCUGGAUCGGCAGCCUUCAACGGUGCUGUUCCGCAGUUCGACACAGCCGCGGGCGAACCGCUGCGCCUGCCGCGCAGGACGUAUCAUCGUCACAUCUACUCCUGGACCUCCGCCGCCGACGCACGCAUCUUCCGCGGGCUGUUCGCGAAGCCUUUCAUCGCGCGGUUCAACAACAGCCGCCCGAUCGAAGUCAAGCUUUAUGUUGAUCCCUACCCGGAUUUCUCGGCCGCAAAAGCUCGCGGUGACACGUACGCGGUGGUGCGGAACGUGCCGCUUGGCGUCCAGCCUGAGGACCUGCGUGAGACCCUGCUCCGCAGCAAAACCGAGGACGAUCUCCCCUGGCUCGCGGACCUCCUGCACUUCCACCGGCUCAAGGAUCCCUACGACGACUCGGCCUACUCUCAGAUGCUCGGUCUCCCCGUCGCGGCAGAAGGCGACCCUGCCUUCGAGCGCAUUUCGGCUGUGCUCUGGAUCCCGGGACAGGAGGAACCUGCCUUCCUGAAACUCUCGUGCCACUCCUGCUCCCUGUGCUCAAGCAAUCAUCGGCUUGAGGAUCACGCCUGCUUCGCCAUCACCCGAGGCAAACGGGUUGCCAACAGGCAGUCCAUCACCAUGUCUGCGCUGCAGGCGGUUAACGGUAAUUACCUCCCCCUGACCUUAUCUUGGUUGAUGCUAACCGACCUAUCCUAUUCGUUGGCCCUGUUUUUUUCGGUAUCUUCCCUUAUCCUCCUUUAUUGGCUCCGUGCUUUCUUCGGCUCUGGCCCGGUUAUCCUCCUCCCCCGCACCCUUGUCUCGGCUCUCCCUACGCCUCACCCCCCCCUCUCCUCAGGCAAGCUCCUUGGUCAGCACGCCUCCACGGCGGCGUUCAAAAAGGACCCCGGCCUGCUCCUCAUCGGCCUGGACCUCGACGUGGAGGUGUGGGCCUGCUCUAUCUGCGACUUUGUGUGCGGCAUUGCGCUCGACAGUGCGAUGUUCCACCUUUCCUCCGAGCAGCACCGCAAAAGGCUGCAGGACCCUGCGCACCAGAAUGUCUCCAAGGACAAAUAUGGGGCCUGGAAGGCCGAGACCCUGGUGCAGCAUCACCGCAUCAAGGCUCUCUUGCAGUAG